AUGGUGGCUGAUGUUGAAGUUGGCGGUCCGCUUGGCCAUGGUUCGCUCGGCGCUCUGGGGCCGUGGCCUCUGCUGGCCAACGUCCGCGACGCUCGCAGCCUCGACUUCCAGAUGGAGCCCCCGUCACCACCGAUCCCGCAGCUCUGCCAUGACGCCAUGUGCACGAUACACCGACACAACCAGGCCGCCACAUUAGCCAACGGCGGACUGUCCAGUUUCUCGUCGGCGCCAGGCGGUGGUCGAGCGUCCUCGCAACCGUCGCCCCUGCCGUCGCCGCCGUCAUCUCAGAUCUCGUUAGACGAUGACCCGUUGAAACUCGAUGACGAUCCUUUGCUGCCGACGACGGCCUUUUCGUUCCAGCCCUCAUUGCCCCCGGCGCAGUUUGACUUUCUUCCACCGGCGUCACAGCAGGCGCCGCGCGCGAGGCCGCCGUCGAAACGGUGCCGGGCUCGCAGCGACGUCGACGGCCCCCACACGGCCGAGCUCAGCUGCAAGAAGCGCCGGCUGCGGACGCAGCUCAUCACGAGCCGGCUGUCGCAGCCCUUUUCGCAGCCGGCGACGCACAUCAUCAACCGCGACGCCGUCGCUGCCGGCGACAAGCGGUUCAUCAAGCUCGCCGCCUCGGCCGACGCCAACAAGCGCUGUCCCAGCACGCAGAGCUCCAUCGUGCGCCGCGCCGCCGUCAUGAACAGGGUCCGUCUGCGCCUGCGCGGCGAGGUCGUGUCAGAGCGGAGCAACGUCUUCAUGGCCGGCACGACGACGACGACGACAGCGGCGGCGGCGCAGGCGGCCUGGAUGCAGCGCGAGCAGCAGGCCGGCACGGGUGGGCGGUUCCUCGCCGUUUCCGUGCCUGGAGCGGCGCAGCCGGGCGCGAGGCCACCUGCUAACAGGAUCAUCCUGAUCAGGGCGGGCGGGGGUGGGGGCGGCCAUGAUGCGUCGUCGACGCACGGACAGAUGCGGACGCCGAUUCCGUCGGCGUUGCGAGCGGUCGACACGCUCGUUGGGCGAAGCACCGCGGUGCCGGCGGCGAGACAAUGUCGCUCGCCCGUGCUGGGGCCCACGGAUGCCAGCGUCGAGGAGGUGGGUGAGGAUGAGGAGAUGGCGUUCCCCGAAGACAUGGGGCGGUACGGCUCGGCUGAUGACGACGACGACGACGAUGCUGGGGACGUAUAUUCUGACUUUGGGGCCAUCUUUGGCGGGCCGAGAGAGGGGGACUUCUCGGACGACGACGAGCACUCGUACGAGGAGUGCCUGGACGAGCUGGAUGGCAUAUCGUGGGUUGGGCGAUGAGAGGAACGGCGUUUGGCUUGCGACAAACCAUGGCGAACAACCCUGCAUUGCAUCCUCGGUGGUCUCAAACCCAAUUAGCUAGGAAGGAGAGAGAAAGAGAAAGAGAAACACAACAAAAGGCCAAGCCCCCCACCGAGGCGGCUCGCGAAAGCAUCUCUCUCUUUCCACGGAAUCAUUGGGGCACAACUCUUUUUUGCAUUCGGUCGGACAAACAAAAAAGGAAAACAUGCAGAGGCAUCUCUGGCGGCGUUCAUGUAUAGCUAACAGCAUUGGAAAGGUCCGCCGCGGCUUCUAUAUGAAGUGAUGUGUAUUCAAAGUCUUUUCUCGUUUUUGCGUUUGC